GAAUCCACGUGUUGAACUUACCCUCUCAGAGCUCCAAGAUAUGGCAGCUAGGCAACAGCAGCAAAUUGAAAAUCAGCAGCAAAUGUUGGUUGCCAAGGAACAACGUUUACAUUUUCUAAAGCAACAGGAACGCCGCCAGCAGCAGUCUAUUUCUGAAAACGAAAAGCUUCAGAAACUGAAAGAACGAGUUGAAGCCCAGGAAAACAAGCUGAAGAAAAUUCGUGCCAUGAGAGGACAAGUUGAUUACAGCAAAAUCAUGAACGGCAAUCUAUCUGCUGAAAUAGAAAGGUUCAGCGCCAUGUUCCAGGAAAAGAAGCAGGAAGUACAGACUGCAAUUUUAAGAGUUGAUCAGCUUAGUCAGCAAUUGGAAGAUUUAAAGAAAGGAAAACUGAAUGGGUUCCAGUCUCAUAACGGCAAGCUGACAGGACCAGCAGCGGUGGAAUUGAAGAGACUUUACCAAGAACUGCAGAUUCGUAACCAGCUUAACCAGGAACAGAAUUCAAAACUCCAGCAGCAGAAGGAACUCUUAAAUAAGCGCAACAUGGAGGUGGCCAUGAUGGACAAGCGAAUCAAUGAAUUGCGUGAACGUCUUUAUGGCAAAAAAAUCCAGUUGAACCGUGUGAAUGGCACAUCAUCACCGCAGUCUCCCCUGAGCACAUCUGGCAGGGUUGCCGCUGUGGGGCCUUACAUCCAAGUUCCAAGUGCUGGAAGCUAUCCUGUCCAAGGGGACCCUAUAAAGCCCCAAUCUCUAACUAUUGCCUCAAGUGCUGCCCAUGGGAGAUCUAAAUCUGCUAAUGAUGGAAGCUGGCCAACAUUAAAGCAGAAUUCUGGCUCUUCGAUGAAGCCGGCGCAGAUGGCCAAUGUGGAUUGGAAGGACCCAGGCGUGGAGGGGGCUCUAAAGCAGGGUGCAAUCUCAAGCCAGCCUCUGCCCUUGUCUGCACUGGGAGCCACAGAGAAGAUGGGUGUGGAUAUUGGUAAAGGACCACCUCCCAUCCCUGGUGCAGGCAAGCCGCUGCCUCCAAGCUAUGGAACAUACCCAAGUCCUGCACCCCUGGGCCCAGGAUCAGCAAGUUCCCUGGAGAGGAGGAAAGAAGGCAGCUCACCCAGACCCAGUGCAGGCCCACCCAGCCGGCCGAAGCCUGCCCCGCUGCCCCCUACAGCCAGUGUCCCACAGCCAGGCUCCUCACAGCAGAUCCAGCAGAGGAUUUCUGUGCCUCCAAGUCCUACAUACCCGCCAGCAGGGCCCCCUGCCUUUCCAGCUGGAGAUGGUAAACCCGAACUCCCACUGACGGUGGCCAUUAGGCCCUUCCUGGCUGAUAAAGGAUCAAGGCCACAAUCUCCCAGGAAAGGACCCCAGACGGUGAAUUCAAGUUCCAUAUACUCUGUGUACCUCCAGCAAGCCACACCACCUAAGAAUUACCAACCAGCAGUGCAUGGCACCUUAAACAAGUCAGUUAAAGCAGUGUAUGGCAAGCCUGUCCUACCAUCCGGGUCAACAUCUCCUUCGCCCUUACCCUUCCUUCAUGGGUCACUGGGCAUAAGCACCUCACAGCCUCAGCCAUCUUCAGAAUGUGCUGAGAAAGAGCCAGAGCAGGAGGGCCCUGCUGCACCUGGAGAGGGCAGCUCGGUGGAGAGCCUGCCUCGGCCACUCAGCCCCACCAAGCUCACACCCAUCGUGCACUCACCGCUGCGCUACCAGAGUGAUGCGGACCUGGAGGCCCUGCGCAGGAAGCUGGCCAAUGCACCCCGGCCCCUGAAGAAGCGCAGCUCCAUCACAGAGCCAGAGGGCCCCAGUGGACCCAACAUCCAAAAGCUGCUGUACCAGCGCUUCAACACCCUGGCUGGUGGCAUGGAAGGCACCCCUUUCUACCAGCCCAGCCCCUCACAGGACUUUGUGGGCACCUUGGCUGACGUGGACAAUGGAAACACCAACACCAAUGGCAACCUGGAUGAAUCUACUUCUGCCCAGCCCACGGCCCCACUCCCUGAGGAGCCUGCCCCAUCCUCAGAUGCCAACGAUAAUGAGCUACCUUCCCCUGAACCUGAGGAACUCAUCCGUCCCCAAACCACCCACCAAACUGCUGAGCCCGCAGAGGAUAACAACAACAAUGUGGCCCCAGUCCCCUCCACAGAACAGAUCCCAAGCCCUGUGGCUGAAGCCCCAUCUCCGGGAGAAGAACAAGUCCCUCCAGCACCUCUUCCCCCUGCCAUCCACCCACUGGCAGCCUCAAUGAGCAAGCGGACCAACCUGAAGAAGCCCAACUCCGAGCGGACAGGGCAUGGGCUGAGAGUACGCUUCAACCCCCUGGCACUGCUGCUAGAUGCUUCUCUGGAAGGAGAGUUUGAUCUGGUGCAGAGGAUAAUCUAUGAGGUGGAGGACCCCAGCAAGCCCAAUGAUGAAGGGAUCACCCCACUACACAAUGCGGUCUGUGCCGGCCAUCAUCAUAUUGUGAAGUUCCUGCUGGACUUCGGGGUCAAUGUGAAUGCUGCUGAUAGUGAUGGAUGGACACCACUACACUGCGCAGCCUCUUGCAACAGCGUGCACCUCUGCAAGCAGCUGGUGGAGAGUGGAGCUGCCAUCUUUGCCUCAACCAUCAGUGACAUCGAGACUGCCGCGGACAAGUGUGAGGAGAUGGAGGAAGGCUACAUCCAGUGUUCCCAGUUUCUGUAUGGGGUACAGGAGAAGCUGGGAGUGAUGAACAAAGGUGCAGUCUACGCCCUGUGGGACUACGAGGCCCAGAACAGCGAUGAGCUGUCCUUCCACGAAGGCGAUGCCAUCACCAUCCUGAGGCGCAAGGACGAAAGCGAGACUGACUGGUGGUGGGCUCGGCUCGGGGACCGGGAGGGCUAUGUGCCCAAAAACCUGCUGGGGUUGUAUCCACGGAUCAAGCCCAGGCAGCGAACACUUGCCUAAGCUUCCCCCUGGAGCACCACGGUCUUGCUGGCUCCCAGGAGCUGCUGGAGAGGAUCAGCUGUCCGGGGAAAGCUGACGCUAGGAUGGCUUCAUGGUGCUCACUUUAGCAGACACCACCCACAAUGUGAAUUCCUGCACUUCCCAGGUGAGGCCUUCUCCAGUCCACCGCAGCUGGGAGAGGUACUUUUGCUUCCAAGAGGACCGAGUUUUGCCAAUUACUGUAAAUCCAAAUAAACACCCAGCUUUCA